AGAAUUUUUAAAUUAUCCAAUCAGAUAAUUUUCAACAUGGCUGUUUUCCCCAAAAUAUUGUCUCAAAGAAAUGCCCAUAUUUAUGUAGAUUUAUUCUACAAAAUAAGAUAAAUUUCUAAAAUUGUCAUCAUUUAUUUAUAUAUAAAACACUGAUAUAUAUAUUUUAUCCGACUGACGAAAGAAUUGCGCAUUGGUCAUCAAUGAUAUCAUCAUCAGAGAACCCGAAACUUGUUCCUGAAAUGAACGAGUCAAUCUCAAAAAGUAUUUUUGAGAGUCUUGACAUGGAAAUACAGGACGGAAAACCUAAAUUUCGGUUAAAUGAAUCGACAUUUUCAGCUGUUAACAUGAAACACCAGAUGAAUUUACCUAGUGAAGACGAUGAUGAUACUUCAUUUGUUGUGCUAGGUAAAAGUUCAUUGGAUUCUAUUAAUCUAGCUUCUCUUGCCGAUUAUGAGCAAAUUCAGCAAAAAAGCAUGAAUGUCGAUUGUAAUUCUAUUCUAUCUACUUUAUGUCAUGAACAAAUUGAAUCAAAAGUUACUGAGUUAUUGCAAGAGAACAUAAAAUUAAAAGAAACAUUAACAAGAAAUAAUGCUGCAAUGAAACACCAUUUUAAUACUUUAAUUACCUGGCAGAAUGAAUUAAUAAAAGUUCAUGGAAACCACAAACAAAAAUUUGUAGAGACUUGCGAUAUGAUUGCUUCCUUGAAAAAAGAAUGUGCUGAAUUGAAAGAGAAGUUGAGCACAAUGGAGUCACGGGUGGCUUUCACACAGUUUUCGGGGGAAAUGGUGGAGAAUUCACCUGCCCAAAAUAAGGGCAAUUCAAUUGUGGAUGCAGUUGAUUUAGUUGUUGAUAAUAAAGAUAAUUCUACUCCAAUGAAUUCUAUCACUAGUAAUACAUCGAAAUUACAAGGGUUAUCCUGUGAUUGCAGUGAGGAACACAAAUGUUUGAAAAUACGAGAAAAGCAUGAGCGAGAUAUACAUUAUCAGCAAGAAAUAAUCUUAUCGUUGAAAGAACAAUUACGUAAUUCAAAUGAAAAUUCAUUUCUUUUCCUCAAAGAAGACAUAAAACAUUCUCUAGAUCGUCCUCCUGAGUUAAAUCGUAGUCAAUUUUUUGAACAUUAUACACGUUAUAAUCAAAAGCUCAACGAUUUAGCCAAAUGCUAUUCGGAGCAAACAUCUCGCUUUCUUAAUAUCCAAGAUUGUUUAAAACGAUGUAUUGAUUCUUUAGAAAUUCACAAAGAUUACAAAAAUUUGAGUUCGCCAAGCAUUAUUGAAGAAACUGAACAAGUCUUAAAAGAUUGUCGAAAAAAAUUGAUUGAAGAACAGUUGCUUAACAUUUCUGACAGACAAAAUUUAAUUAAAGCUCAACAUCAGUUUCAACAAAUAUUUUCUGAUUAUAAUUCUACUUUACAUGGAUUAGAAAUACUUCAAGCUGAAAGUUCGAAACCAAGUCAGAAAGAUUAUGAAUUGGAAAAAGAAAAACAAGAACUUGAAAAAAUGAGUAGAGAGCUAGAAAAUAAACAAAAACAGUUGGAACUUUCGAAGAAAAAUAUGGAUGCUGAGCGAUUAUUAUUUCAGAUGGAGAAAGAAACUCUCAAUGAAGAAAAGUCAUCACUUAAUUCACAAUGCUUAUUAUAUGAAUCGCAAAUUAAAACAUCUAAUGAUAAGCUAAAAGAGCUUCAAGCGACUAAUGAUCAUUUGAAGUCAACAAUAGAGACGCUAAAAGCGACGAUAACUAAUGAUUCUAAAAAACUUGAAAAAGUGUAUGCUGAUUUAGAAUCAGCUAGAAAAGAUUCUGAGUUAAUUAAUUAUUUCCGACAACAAUUAAAAAUCUUCGAAAGUGACUUCCAAGAAGAAAAACAGGCAAAAAAUGAAUUACUACGGGAAAGAGAACAGUUAACAGAACAGCUAGCAAAACUCAGAGAUCACAAUCAAAAUUUACUUCAAAGAAUAAACGGUCCAAAUCCUACAAGGAUCCCUACAUUAAUGGAUCAAAUACCGAAUGAUGCAUUUUGUCCUGAAUGUGGUUUAUUUAAAAUGCCGGGUCAAUGGCACGGCCCAGGAUUUUGUCAGCCCACUGAUUAAAUUCAAAAAUGCAUUACAGUAUUCUUUAUUUAUAGAUGUAUGAUAAUAUAAUAAUAUUAUUAUUAU